GGGGGGGGGCUGGAAGGCGGGACCAGAGGGGACUCCCGGGCUGGCUUGAGUAGGCUGAUGUGAAAAGCAGGGUGGACCCGCAUCGACCUCGGGAGCCUAAGCUUCAUGGUGACAGGGUUGAUGAUCUUUGUGAUGGGGAAGGGCCCAAUGAACCUGGGAGCGAGCUUCUUGGACUCCACCCGGAGUGGAAUAUGUUUGGUCGAGAAUCAAACUCGCUGACCCACUUUGUAGUUCGGGGCCGGUGUCCUCCGACGGUCAGCAGCGGCUUUGUAGGACUGUCCCUGGCGCAGCAGCAUCUGGCGGGCUUGCUCCCAGGUCCUCCUGCAGCGUCUCACCAAGGUCAAUUCCGCUGGAACUGUGGACUCUGGGCCUAUGGCAGGAAACAGAGAUGGUUGGUAACCAUGCACAACGUGAAAAGGCGAUAGACCAGUGGAUGCAGAGAGAAUUUGACCCAAACCAGUUUCUGAGACCAGGAUCGUGGCUCCUGUGAAGCGAGACAUCGGAGCCCAGUCUCCAGGUCCUGGUUCAGCCUCUCAAUUUGUCCGUUGGUUUCGGAGUGAAACCCAAAUGACAGACUGAUGGUAGCACCUAUGAGAUUGCAAAACUCCUUCCAAAAUUGCGAAAUGAAUUGGGGACCCCUAUCAGACACCACAUUGUUGGGUAAACCAUGGAAUUUGAAUACCUGAUUGAUCAUUAACUCUGCAGUAUCUUUAGCUGAGGGGAGUUUCAGAAGUGCAAUGAAGUGAGCCAUUUUAGAGAACCUGUCAACAAUGGUGAGAAUUGUGGUAUUUCCUUUCGAGGCCGGUAAUCCUGUCACAAAGUCUACGGAAAUGUCUGACCAAGGACGUUGUGGUAUUGGCAGGGGUCGCAACUCCCCAGAAGGAUGUUGACGAGAGGGUUUGUUAGCAGCACAUACCUGGCAAGCAUUGACGUAAUCGAUAACAUCCCUCCUAACAUUAGGCCACCAAAACCGCUGUUCGACCACUGAUUGCGUUUUAGCAAUGACAUACAGUUCGGUUCAUGUGAGCCCAGUGGAUGACUCUUCCCCUUAAGGUCGGAACCACAUAAAGCCUGUUUUCAGGGCAAUCUUCAGGGCUAAGAGUGUUUUUCAGAGCCCCUUUAACCGCAGUUUCAAUGUCCCAAACAAAAGCGGAAAUGAAACAUGACCUUAUCUUAGGGAACCCAUGGUUGAAAUUACAUAACCCCCACAUUGACUGGUCCUCUGGGCAGGUUAUGUCAUGGGGCAGCAAUUGCGCCCGGAACUGUUUCAAGCCGCCAUGUGAUGUUCAGGGCUAUGUUUCUAAGGACAAUCCACAGACCCCAUCUGGGGAUCCUGAUUUAUCUCAAGUGCCCACCUGUUACCAGGAUAUUAAAGACGUUUUUUCCAAGUCCAAGGCCAAAUCCCUUCCACCCCACAGACCUUAUGACUGUGCUGUUGGCUUGCUGCCUGGAACCACACACCCACGAGGGAGGUUGUUCUGUCUUUCAGGGCCGGAACACAAGGCCAUGAAGGAGUACGUGGAAGAAUCACUGGCAGCCGGGAUCAUUCGCCCAUCUUCAUCCCCUGCGGGAGCAGGAUUUUACUUUGUGGACAAAAAGGACAAGACCCUCCGACCCUGUAUCGAUUACCGGGGUCUCAACGAGAUAACCGUAAAAACAGCCAAUCGACUAUGAGGGCUUCCAGCUCUUCAUGGCCACCUACCUGGAGAACGACAUCCCGGAGGAGCUGUGUAAGCACCUCUUCACCUCCUUCAAGAGCAAAACGGGCGGCACCUCGCCUGACCAUUGUCGAGCAGCAGGAAGCUUACUGGAGUCCUGCUCCAUUGAUGCUGGUAUCUCUAUUCACACCGAGGUGGCCUGUGCCCCCAUCACAGGCAUGAACGGUAAGAGCAUUCUGUCAGCAAUGGGUCGACAUACGCCAGAGCUUGCCUGCGGCACCGGGGCCACCACCUCCCCUUGUUCGUCUCGAUCCUCCUCGCAGAGGUCCCGAACCGGGACCCACACGCCUGGGGGACCCCACCGCUCUCCGUGCAGCCAGGUCAUGUCUUCCCAGAGCAGCAAUAACACCCUGACCCCCAACGCUGGCCCUGCCCGGUCGCCAGUGUCGCCCCCGAAACUCUCACCUGAGAGAAGCCGCUCUGAGAAGCAUUUGUCGCUGCGGAGGAGCCCAUCGCGCCACAAAGGAUCCCCUCAGUCAGUGCCGCAGGUGGUCUUCCUUAAGGACAUCGUCUGCUACCUUUCCCUGUUGGAGCGCGGCACGCCAGAGGACAAGCUGGAGUUCAUGUUCCGGCUGUACGACACGGACGGCAACGGCGUCCUGGACAGUUCGGAGCUGGACCGCAUCAUCAAUCAAAUGGUGCAUGUUGCCGAGUAUCUGGAGUGGGACUCGACAGAACUACGGCCGAUUCUGAAGGAAAUGAUGGAGGAGAUCGACUACGACCGGGACGGCACAGUCACCCUGGAAGAGUGGAUCCGAGGAGGCCUGACCACCAUCCCCUUACUGGUUCUGCUAGGCAUGGAUGCGAAUGUGCAGGAGGACGGCCAGCACGUUUGGCGCCUAAAGCACUUCAACAAACCGGCCUAUUGUAACUUUUGUCACACCAUGUUGCUGGGCGUGCGCAAGCAGGGCCUCUGUUGCUCCUUAUGCAAGUACACCGUGCACGAGCGCUGUGUGUCCAAAGACAUUGCCGCCUGCAUCAGCACCUACGCCAAAUCUCGCAGGCACACCAACGCUAUGCAGCACGUGUGGAUGGAGGGCAACUCCCCAACCAAGUGUGACCGAUGUCACAGGAGCAUCAAGUGUUACCAAGGCCUGACCGGCCUCCACUGUGUGUGGUGUCAGAUCACUCUCCACAACAAAUGUGCGUCCCACGUGAAGCCAGAGUGUGACGGAGGGGCCUUAAGGGACCAUACUCUGCUGCCCUCCUACAUUUGUCCUGUUGUCCUGGACCGCCAGUCAGUGGUGAAACGCGGCGAGGGCGAAUCGCCUCCCGGCAUCAGCCCGGACGACAUCAACAAGAUGUUCAAAUUCUCCCCUGGAGACGGACAAGCCCUGCAGAUCUCACCCUUCCCAGGCACUCACCCGCUUUUGGUGCUGGUCAAUCCCAAAAGUGGCGGAAGACAGGGGGAACGGGUUCUCAGGAAGUUCCGGUACCUUCUCAACCCACGGCAGGUGCACAGUUUGGACCAAGGUGGCCCAGCGGUCAGGCUCAACUUUUUCCACGACGUUCCUGAUUUCCGAGUGCUUGCGUGCGGCGGCGACGGCACCGUGGGUUGGAUCCUGGACUGUAUAGACAAGGCCAACUUCGCUCGGCACCCCCCGGUGGCCAUCCUCCCGCUGGGGACAGGCAACGACCUGGCACGCUGCCUACGCUGGGGGGGAGGAUACGAGGGGGGCAGUUUGCUAAAGUUCCUGUGCGACAUCGAGCACAGCAUCGAGGUGGUGCUGGACCGCUGGAACAUCGACAUCGUGCCCGAUGACAAGGAGGAGAAGGGCGACCCGGUGCCCUACAACAUCGUCAACAACUACUUUUCUAUCGGAGUGGAUGCCUCCAUCGCCCAUCGCUUCCAUCUGAUGAGGGAGAAGCACCCGGAGAAGUUCAACAGCAGAAUGAAGAACAAGCUGUGGUACUUUGAGUUCGGCACCACUGAGACCAUUUCAGCCACUUGCAAGAAGCUCAACGAGUGCAUCGAGGUCGAGUGCGACGGGAUCAUAUUGGACCUGAGCAACACCUCCUUGGAGGGUAUCGCCGUGCUCAACAUUCCCAGCAUGCAUGGCGGCUCCAACCUUUGGGGCGAGACCAAGAGGCGGCGGAACUACAACCGCAUGAGCAAGAAGGUUCCCGACAGGAUGCCAGGCAGCACCAUCACCGACCCCAAAGAGCUAAAGUUUUGCGUGCAAGAUUUCAGCGACCAGCUGCUGGAGGUGGUGGGCCUGGAGGGCGCCAUCGAGAUGGGUCAGAUCUACACGGGACUGAAGAGGGCCGGGCGCCGCCUGGCUCAGUGUGCAAACGUCACCCUCAGGACAUCCCGUAGGCUGCCCAUGCAGAUUGACGGUGAGCCCUGGAUGCAGCCGCCAUGCACGAUCAGGAUCACCCACAAGAACCAGGUUCCCAUGAUGCUGGGUCCCCCUCAGAAGACGCCCUUCUUUAUUUUCAAGAAGCGCACCCGCAGCCGGGACUAGAACACACACGUCUACAUGCAUCCACAGCAGACUCACUAUACAAUAACGAUAAAACAAACAAAUAAACAUACACAAACUAUACAAUAUACAGUAUAUUGUACCGGUGGCUCAACCAGGUCUGAAGCUCUCCCAGUGAUGCCUCCAGUCAACUGCCAACACUCGGCAAACGCCUGCCAAACAUGAAAACAACUGCAAAGGAAGUGAUGCAAGGACGACAACAGGAAGUUGCCAGCUUAGAACAAGUGGCGUGAAACACCAUCACAAAUAAUUCAGCAGCUUGUAUGAACGCUCGAUUCGGGAAAUGAAGCAGCUUCAUCCAUUAUUGAUCCCUUUUGUUGAGAGCUGGCUGGCAGUGGGUCGUCCGGAAUGGGAGCAAACAUGUCGGCAUUUUUGCAUCCCUUUACUUCAGGCUGACUUCGGCGACACGGGCUUAAAAUUUGAAAGUUGAUAUUCGAGUGGUCCAAUUACUGUACAUCCCCUCAGGGACUAACAACCAGACCCCUGCAGGUUUUUAUGUACCAAAUCUAAAACUGUGAUCCCCCCCCUUUCUAAAUGCAUCCCGCUAUUUUGGGAAGAGUCUAAUUCGCCUCCCACGAAACAUGAAGCCUGAUUAUCGUGUGGAAAGGUGGCUUCGUGCUGCAUAUGUCCCAACUGUCAAAAGGUCAGAGAGAAUAUGUCAAACAUAAGUCCAACUGAAGAACUAUACAGUAUUUGUAUAUAUCUGGAAUGUAGGAUUAGAUCAUAUGUACUGUGCAUACAAUUGUCUUUUAAUAUAUCCUUGUCAUUGUUAGCUCAGCACUUCAUGUCAAUCUUGUUCACUAUGAUCACUGGGUCAAGAGGUUUACCCCUUAAGUCGAAUUCGCAUCCAUUUUUUUACUCAGUCGUUGGAAAUAAUUUUCGUUUUAAAAUGUCGGAAUGAUUCAAUUAUCUCGACUUAAAAAGUUAUGAGGGUGACUGAUGGAAGUUAAAUACAUACAGAAAUACUGGUCAGCUGUUUGGAAUUCUACACCAUUUUCCCAUCAUAAGAAAUAUCGUAAAUCAAACUGUCACCACACAAUUUGUCAAUGUAAUUUUAAUAUUCAGGAUGCUGGUACAAUUGUACAAAUAAGACAAAUAGAUAAAACAAUAAAUAAUGAAUAAAUCAUAUAAUGAAAGUGAAUCGCAUAUAUCAGAUAUAAGAUGAUGCUGGAAUCUGGAAGUGGGUCCGCUUACCUCAAGAACUUCCCGUAAAAACCGAUAAAGCAAAACACAAAAUAAAUCCUUUAAUGCACGUUGAACUGACCUUGCAUUUCAAACUCGUUUCUUUGCGGGACCAUUUUUUCACCACGCAAAAAUUGGCAUAUGACAAUUUUAAAUUAACAUUCAAGGAUAAGAAUUAGUCAAGCGUCUUAUUUUUUUUUUAAACAUUCUCAAUCGUCCCACACAUAAAAAGAUGCUAACUACUGCACUAUGAAACAUACAAACAACAAACUGCUCUACAUUAACUUUGACAACAAGUGACGACACAUACAGUUUGGUGACAAUGACCUCUUAAUUCUGUGACAGUGACGUAACUUGCUGUGUGGGUUCCUCAGUUUAUGAUGGUACUGACAUAGGACGUAAAAAUAUUACGAAUGGUGUGCGAUGAACUAGUUUGCACAGCAGCCUAAGAAUACGACAUCACGCAGCACAAGAAGACACACUCAGUUACUGCAAUUAUGACCGUUUUUCAUUGGAUUGUUUUAUAUUUAUGGCCAACAAGUGUUUUUCAUUCAAAUAUUUCAUGUAAUUAUGACUUUACAACAAUGUUAGCAUAGGUUAGUGUUAGAUUGUGGCAUGCUCCGAUUCCGCAUAAAUUUGGGUUGGCGUUGCCACUGUAGCCGCUUAACUUCUUCGUGAAGUAAGUAUCCCUGUAUGUCGUUCAGAUUUGGUAGCAAUCAGAUAAAAUCUCAAGGACGCGGAAGUGGGUUACACCCAGUGUUGGUAAUUUCGUGAACCAGCACGCCCCAGCACAACUAAAAGAGGGACGUCUGCAUGUUGCGGGCGGGAUCACAGCCGACUUCAAUCCUGCCCAAUCACAGCAGCUCCUCUCAUUCGCUUUAAAUGUGCCGCACUAGAAACGCACAGUCUUUGACAUGGCAGAAGAAGCAACUGAUUUGCUCGAGUCCAGGAUGUUAGUGAUUAUAACAAUAUAAUAAUGAUGACAAAAGAACAAACCCCAAUUCCAAUGAGGUUGGGGCAUUCUGUAAAAUGUAAAUAAAAACAGAAUACAGUGAUUUGCCAAUCCUUUUCAACCUAUAUUCAGUUGAAUACAGUACAGAGACAAGAUAUUUUAUGUUCAAACUGAUAAAACUGUUUUUUGUUUUUUUUGUGUGUGCAAAUAUUCACUCAUUUUGAAGGUGAUGCCUGAAACACAUUCCAAAAAAGCUAGGACAGGGGCAUGAUUAGAUAGAUGGCAGCAUAUCUUGCUCCAAAACCUGUGUGUACAGUACCUUUUAGCAGUAAUGUUGCCUUCACAGAUGUGAAAAUUACCCAUGCCAUGGGCACUAACACACCCCCUUAUCAUCACAGAUGCUGGCUUUUAAACUUUGCACUGAUAACAAUCCAGAUGGUCCUUUUCCUCUUUGGCCCUGAGGACUCAAUGUCCAUGAGUUCUAAGUACAAUUUGAAAUGUGGACUCAUCAGACCACAGCACACCUUUCCACUUUACGACAGUCCAUCUCAGAUGAGCUCAGGCGCAGAGACGCCAGCGCCAUUUGGAGGUGUUGUUGACACAGUGUAUGGCUUUCACUUUGCAUGGAAGAGAUUUAACUUGCAUAAGUAGAUGUAGCAACAAACUGUCUUAACUGACAAUGGUUUUCUGAAGUAUUCCUGAGCCCACAUAGCAACAUUCUUUGCACAAUGAUGCCGGUUUUUAAUGCAGCGCCGCCUGAGGGAUCUAAGGUCACGGGCAUUCUAUAUUGGUUUCGACACUGCUGCUUACUGAAUCAUUUGAUGACAUUAGGGAACGUAGAUAAUGAAAUGUUGAACUGAACAAAUGAGCCUUUUGUUGCCCCAGUCCCAUCUUUUUGGGAACAUGUUGCAGGCAUCAAAUUCAUCAAAUGAGAGCAUAUUUGCAACAACAACAAAACAUAUUUGCAACAACAACAAAAGAGUUUAUCAGUUUGAACAUUAUCUUGUCUUUGUGGUGUGUUUAAUUAAAUAUAGGUUGAAAAGGAUUUGCAAUUUAGUAUUCUGUUUUUAUUUACAUUUUACACAAUGUCCUUACUUCAUUGGUGUUUGUAAUAAUCCCAGUAAUGGUCCCAGCAGGUCUAGGUUUGGACCGACUUGCUACCAAAUUGUCACACGGGCGCAUGUCAAUGGACAAACCCUUGUUGAGCUGGAACGUUCAGCUUGUCGCAGACCGGUCUGCCAAAUUGGCAAACGCAUUACAAGUUUUGCGCUUGUACGAAAAUCAGAAUCUGCCGGAAUUUGCACCUUGCCAUAGAUGCGCUGUGUACGAAAGUAGAGCCCAUUGUCUUUAGCUGUAGCUGUCUAAUGCAAAAUACCAUGAAACCCAAAAACAAAUUGUUUCGCUGUGUUUUGGAAUUAAAAAAAAAAAACACCAAAAUUUGGAGAUACUGUACAUGUUUUUCAGCAGCUUGCUUGUAAUGCUGACAUGAUAGGGAUGCGAUUGCUCGGAAUUCGACUUUUGGGGAUAACCAUCUCAGUCCAAUGUUGUUUGCAAGAUGCUCGGUGUGAGACUGAAUGAAGAUGCGCUAAGGUGUGAGGCUUUGUGGCCUUUACACCAGGUUUUCCCUUUAAAAACACACUGAUUUUCACUUCAACUUAUCAACGCUGAUACAAAAACACUGAGACUGUAUAUCACAUAAAGUGCUUCUUGUAUGUGUGUGUGUGCGUGCGUGCGUGUGUGAGAGGUGGGGAGUCGAUCGCGUGUUUACUAUACCGUCACAUUUACCAUUGAAACAAUGUCGUAGACCACUAUAACCACACUGAAUGUACAUACAAUACUUGUCAGUGACAUUUGAUGUGCCGUCAUCUAACCACAUGCCUGCUGUAACAACAAUAGAGUGAACAAAAUAAGAGGAGGUACUCAAAAAAGUCGUCUUGGCUUGAUUUAUUUAUUAUUUUAAACAGCAAGUACGACACAUACAGUUAGCAGCAGGGGUUUGUAGUAUUGAGUUACAUUUACUCCGUUACUUUUACUUAAGUAACUUUUUGAAUAUUUGGUACUUGUCGGAAUAGUUUUAAUGUAACAUACUUUUGACUUUUACCUGUGAAUUUUUGAUAAGAAGAAACACUACUUUUACUGUCUUAGAUUGUGCUACAUUCUGCUCGCUAUUUGUUUUAUUUACAGGUGUUCAUUAUUGCUUGUUAUUUUGGUUUUACAGAGAUGAACUAUAUAUGACAAUUUAACUAUUCUAUGACUGUUUCACCAAUCCACUAUAAAUACGAGUGACGCUCGACUCCCCUUGACCAAUCAAACAGAGCUAGGCAGUCACAUGACCGCACAGUCUCCACGCUGCGGCUCCUCACAGGACACAGGUGCAAACCUUUCAAAGUGAAACAUUUACAUAAAACACGGCAAAAAUGUAUAUUUCGCAUAACACAUAAGACAUAUUUUACUCGCUCUGACGGAGGAUAAGCGGUAAAAUGAAUGGAUGAACUACAGCUAUGUCAUGCGCUGUCAUUUGUAAAAAAAAAUGUCGGUAUUUCAGCCUACAACAACUCUACUUGGAACUUGAGUAAUAUAAAAGAGGCUGUCUCAGUCUGCAUUUGCAAAAUAUAAUGCUCAUUGGAAUAAAACCAGCACUUCAACCACAGCACGUGAAUGCAAAUUGCAGUUCGUCCGUCCCAAUCAGACCCCAUGGAGCUUUCUGUUCCUCACUGUAGAAAGGGUUGUGCAAUUUCAAAAGUAGCAGGGGGGGUAAGCAAGCAGCAGUGUAUCCAUCGCACUGAAGAUAAAGAUGUAAGUUGGUAGAACUCAUAUUGUUUUUGAAUAAUGAAACAGAUGUCAGCUUUGCUAAUAACUGUGGGUGAAUACGCCUUUCAAAGUCCAAAAUAAGUUAUACAAACCCCAAUUCCAGUGAAGUUGGGACGUUGUGUACAACAUUAAUAAAAAAAAACAGAAUGCAAUGAUUUGCAAAUUCUUUUCAACCUAUAUUCUAUUGAGCACACCAUAAAGACGAGAUAUGGUAUUUUGUGUUCAAACUGCUAAACUUAUUUUGGAAAGAUUUUCACUUAUAUUUAAUUUGAUGCCUGCACCAUAUUCCAAAAUUUUGAUACAGGGGCAUAUUUACCACUGUGUUACAUCACCUUUCCUUGACAACACUCAAUAAGCAUUUGGAAACCGCGGACACUAAUUGUUGAAGAUUUGUAGGUGGAAUUGUUUCCUAUUCUUGCUUGAUGUAAAACUUUAGUUGCUCAACAGUCUGGGAUCUCUUUGCGCUUCAUAAUGCGCUACACAUUUUCAAUGGAAGACAGGUCUGGAGUGCUGGCAGGCCAGUCUAGUACUCACACGCUAUGCUGUUGUAACACGUGUAGAAUGUCGCUUGGCAUUGUUUUGCUGAAAUAAGCAGGGACGUCCCUGAAAAAGACGUUGCUUGGAUGGCAGCAUAUGUUGCUCCAAAACCUCUACCUACCUUUCAGCAUUAAUGGUGCCUUCACAGAUGUGAGAGUUACCCAUGCACUAAUACACCGCCAUAGCAUCACAGAUACUGGCCUUUGAACUUUGCGCUGAUAAUAUUCCGGAUGCUCUUUUCCUCUUUGUACUGGCAGACACGACGUACAUGAUUUCCCCCAAACGAUUUAGUCUCCUCAGACCACAGAACACUUUUCCACUUCGUGUCAGUCCACCCUUUCUGGGUGUUGUUGACACUGUAAAUGUAUUUUGCUUUGCAUGGUAGAGUUUUAACUUGCAUUGGUAGAUGUAGCGAUGAACAUUGUAAACUGACUUGUUUUCUGAAGUGUUCCUGAGCCCACGUGGCAAUAUCCUUAACACCCAUCCAUCCAUUUUCUGAGCCGCUUCUCCUCACUAGGGUCGCGGGCGUGCUGGAGCCUAUCCCAGCUGUCAUCGGGCGGGAGGCGGGGUACACCCUGAACUGGUUGCCAGCCAAUCGCAGGGCACAUAGGAACAAACAACCAUUCGCACUCACAGUCAUGCCUACGGGCAAUUUAGAGUCUCCAAUUCAUGCAUGUUUUUGGGAUGUGGGAGGAAACCGGAGUACCCGGAGAAAACCCACGCAGGCACGGGGAGAACAUGCAAACUCCACACAGGCGGGGACGGGGAUUGAACCCCGCACCUCAGAACUGUGAGGCUGACGCUCUAACCAGUCGGCCACCGUGCCGCCUAUCCUUAACACAAUGAUGCCAAUUUUUAAUGCAGUGCCGAUUGAGGGAUCGAAGGUCACAGGCAUACAAUGUUUGUUUUCGGCCUUGCCCCUUAGGUGCAGUUUUCUCCAGAUUCUCUGAAUCUUUUGGUGAUAUUAUGGACCUUAUAUGACAAAGUCCGUAAAUUCCUUGCAAUUGUUAUUUGAUAAACAUUGUUUUUAAACUGUUGGACAAUUUUUUCAUGCAGUUGUUCACAGAGUGGUGAACCUCACCCCAUCCUUGGUUGUGAACAACUGAACCUUUCAGGGAUGCUCAUUUUAUACCUAAUCAUAACACUCAGCUGUUUCCAAUUAACCUGUUCACCUGUGGUAUCUCCCAAACAGGUGUUUGAUGAGCAUUCCUCAACUUCCUCAGUCUUUUUUGCCACCUGUCCCAGCUUUUUUGGAAUGUGUUGCAGGUUUAAAAUGAAAAAAAUGAGAGAAUAUUUGCAACAACAUAAAAAACAAUGUACAUCAAUUUGAACAUUAAAUAUCUUGUCUUUGUAGUGUAUUCAAUUUAAUAUAGGUCAAUCAUUGUAUUCUGUUUUUAUUUACGUUUUACACAACGUCCCAACUUCAUUGGAAUUGGGUUUUGUGUAAUUAUCUCUGGUGAGCCUAUUUUGCUGUUUCACUUGUGUAAACAAAUAAAGUUAAUUUAAGGGCU